GUUUUAGUUGAGAAACUCAGCAGCUGUUAGCUUGUCUCUGUUAGCCGCUUUGAACCCAACCUGACCGUUAAUGUGACUCAGCUGGUUUACACCGGUUCUGAGAGUAAAUAACUCGGUACCGGACAGAGGAACUACUCAGACUGUUAAUGACAGUUAAUGUGGGGCUGGACCGGCUAUUUAUCCCGAAAAACAGCCGAACUGAGUCAGAGUUCGGGAGGCGGUUGCCAUGGAGCCGGCCUGGAGACAGCAGGGCAGGGGGCGGGGCAGGAGCCAGGAUGCUCAAGGUGAGAGGCCCCGCCCACAGCCGCAGGAGAGGGACAGGCCGGGGGUCUCUGCAGGACGAGGAGCAAAGAUGAAGACAAACCCGGUUCCUGAACCUGCGAAAGAGGACUCGGUCCAGUCCAAGUUUGAGGCGAUACAGAGGUCCAACCAGGCUGCAGCGAAGCGACUGGUGGACAGUCACGUCAGCUCCUCUUCCUCCGAUGAAGACAACAAUGAGGAUAAUAAUGAGGAUGGAGACAGACAGAGAGGGAAGAUCCUGGAGUCCACCUUCACCUCCUACACCAGCCAGACAGAUGGCGAUUCCUCAGCUCUGCUCAGAACCGGUCAGUACCUCAGCGACUUGUUCCAGUCCGGAGCGCUGACAUGUUUGAUCUGCAUCGCCUCCGUCAAGAGGACGCAGCCGGUGUGGAGCUGCUCGGGCUGUUUCUCCCUCUUCCACCUGCCCUGCAUCCAGAAAUGGGCCAGAGACUCAGUCUUCCUCAUCUCCUCUGUCACUGAUGAAGACUUUGGUCAGAAGCAGCAUCCCUGGCCCUGUCCAAAGUGCCGUACUGAAUAUCCUCCCAGCACAACACCCAACAGGUACAUGUGUUACUGUGGGAAGCUGCAGGAUCCUCCAGCUGAUCCCUGGUUGGUUCCUCACUCCUGCGGGUCCGUCUGUCAGAAGGAUCUCCGACCCAGAUGUGGACACACCUGUCUGCUGCUCUGUCACCCUGGUCCAUGUCCACCAUGUCCAAAGAUGGUGUCCGUUUCCUGUAUGUGCGGCAAAGCUAAGCCCCUCCCCCGUCGCUGCAGCAACAAGUCGUGGUCCUGCCAGCAGCGGUGUGGGAAGCUGUUGGCCUGCAAACAGCACGCCUGUUCUCAGCCGUGUCACACAGAGUGCUCCCCCUGUCCCAGAGUCAGCCUUCAGAGCUGUGUGUGUGGGCGACAGACAGCAGAGAGACCCUGCGCCAGCCCCCGCUGGAACUGUCAGCAGGUGUGUGGAGCCCUGCUCUCCUGUGGGAACCACACCUGUGAGGAGGUGUGUCAUGAUGGAGGCUGUCCUUCGUGUCCUCGCUCUGUCAGCAGAUCCUGUCCCUGUGGGAAAACCAAGUCGUCUCUGCCGUGCACGGAGGAAGUCCCACCCUGCGGCGACACGUGUGAGCGCCGCCUGUCAUGUCUGAAACACACGUGUUCGAUGAGGUGUCACCGCGGGAGCUGUGAGACCUGCAGACAGGAGGUGGAGAAGGAGUGCAGGUGUGGGAAGUACAGGAAGCAGAUGGCGUGUCAUAAGGAGUACCUGUGUGACUCUAAAUGUCCUAAAACCAGGACCUGUCAGAGACACCAGUGCAGGAGGAAGUGUUGCCCAGGUAACUGCCCCCCCUGUGAUCAGAUCUGUGGUCGGACUCUGGGCUGUCGGAACCACAAGUGCCCCUCUGUUUGCCACCAAGGAAGCUGUUAUCCCUGUCCAGAGACGGUGGACGUUCCCUGUACGUGUGGAUCCACGGUGCUGGUGGUUCCGUGCGGCCGUGAGAGGAGCACCAAACCACCUCGCUGCAAGGAGCCGUGCAGAACUCCUUCCUCCUGCCACCACCCGAUCAGAGAGCCCCACCGGUGCCACCUGAGCCCCUGCCCCCCCUGCAGACAGCUCUGCUUCCUGCCCCUGCCCGGCUGCGAGCACACCUGUCCUCAGCCCUGCCACGACCUGGUGCUGGUCCGGUCCCAACAGGUCCAGUUAGCCGGUCCGUGGGAGCAGCCAUCAGAGCCGGCCUUUGUAAAGAAAGCUCUGCCGUGUCCGCCCUGCCUGGUCCCGAUACCAACGUCUUGUUUUGGAGAACACGAGGUGAGCCCGGUGCCGUGCCAUCGCCAGGGUCGCUUCCCCUGCAAACGGGCCUGCGGGCGGCCGCUGGCCUGCGGGAACCACAGCUGCAGCAGGGAGUGUCACCUGGUUACCAACGGCAACAAGUGUGAGGUGUGUGAAGAUGGCUGCUGCAAGCCCCGCCCCCCUGGCUGUCCACACCAGUGUCCCCGCCCCUGUCACCCUGGAGACUGCCCUCCCUGCAGCCAGAUGAUCCGCCAACGUUGCCACUGCAGGAUCAGCACCCUGUAUGUGGAGUGCAGGAAGUUAACGUCAGCUGAUGAGCAGACGAAGGUUCAGCUGAGCUCCUGUAACAACCAGUGUCCUAAAGAGCUGAGCUGCGGCCAUCGCUGUAAGCAGGUGUGUCAUCCAGGCGUCUGUGAGGAGAAAUGUCAGCAGAAGGUGAAGCUGCGAUGUCCGUGCAAGAGGAUCAAGAAGGAGGUGGCGUGUUCUCUGUCGGCUCAGACUGGACCUCAGUGUGACGACGUCUGCAGAGACCAGCAGAGGAAGGUCAGCCAGAUGAAGGAGGCGGAGCAAAAAGCAGCUCUGGAGGAGGAGCAGAAGAAGCUUCAGGAGGAGCUGGAGGCCUUCGAGAAGCGCCAGCAGAGAGGAGGUCGGAGGGCGAAGAGGAGGGGGAGGAGGGAGGAGGCGGAGGAUGAGCAGGAGAGGGCCAGGAGGUGGUGGAGGAGGUGCACCACCUUCGUCCUGGUUCCACUGGGUGGCGCUCUGCUGUCUGCUGCUGCCUACUACCUUCUGAGCACGCCCUGAAGGUCCUCAGGUUAACUGGAAGCUUUGAAGCUGCUGUGGUUCAGCUGUCAGCCCAUCGGUUUACUUUAAUUAGUCCGUUUCUCUCCAACAGAAGAAACAGCAACGAUUCCCUGUUUUCUCCCUUGUUUUAUAUAAAAUGUUCUGAUUAGAGGAGGUUCUGGGCCCUCGGUGCAGAACCCAUUAGUUUAUCAUCUCAGCUCCUCGUUAUUUUCUGCCUAAUCGGAAGUUUGAAACGUUUUCAGUAAUUAAUCUAAAGAAAAGAUCUUCUGAUAUUCUAGAGAUGGUGAAAAAGUCACUUUUGUUUAGAAACUUCAGUCCAACGGACCAAUCAGAGGCUGAUGUUUCUGUCGUUGCUGAUGUUUUUUCUUUCCUGUCUUUAAACAUUUGAAAAAUAAAUCUUAAAGCUUUGA